AUGGCGGCGGUGGCCGCCUUCAAGGCCCAGGACUUCCGCGCCGCGGAGCGGCUCUUCUCGGAGGCACUGCAGGCAGCGGAAGACGCCCAGAGCCGCGCCAGUGCACUGUGCAGCCGAGCCCAAUGCCGAAUCAAGCUGGAGGACUACGAAGGCGCGCGCGAGGACGCCCAGGCAGCGCGGGCGCUGGAGCCCGAGAACGCCAAAGCGUGGUACCGCCUGGGCCUGGCCAAUGCCCGGCUCCGGCGCUUCGCGGAGGCCGCGGCGGCGCUCCAAGCCGCGCAGCGCCUGCGCCCGGAGCCGGAGGUACUGGCAGCUUUGAGCGGCGCCCAGCAGAGCCGCGCGGAGGCGGAGGGCAGAUUCCAGUGGCACCAGGUCUAUGAGAAGUAUUUCGAGACAGGCUCCAUUGCGGUGGCGGCCGCCAAGGAACAGAGGCAGG